GCAGCUUUGAAGCUUUUUUUUAAAAAUGCCAUUAUUUUCUUUAUGAGGCCGAUUUUGCUCAGUAAUUCAUUGUUGGCUCGGAGGCGGUUGUCCUGAUGAAGUGUCGGCAGAGGGAGGAGGAAACCAGAGAGAGAGGAAGGAAGCGAGGAUAACGUCACGAAAAGCAGAAUCGGAGUGAAACGGACUGUGUAGUAUUUAAUGGACAGCGCUUGAUGCGGGCCGAGCAGCGAGCCGAAUUGUGUUUGUUUACGUCGCAUUGGACAAAGAUGUUUUUGUCAACUGCUCGGGCGUGAAAAAAAGGGGGAACAUAUUUCGAGGAGGAAACGGCAACACAGCGGCAGCGAAUCUCAUCUUUUUUUUCUUUUUUUCUCAGGAGGCUCCACUAAAGCAGAGAAAUGGAAAUGUGUGUAGCCCUCCUGCGUUUGCCUGCUCGCUGAAGGAUUUGGAAACAGCCUCAUCGUGACACACGGACUUUGGGAGUGGAUCUCAUUUGUGCUUUUAAUGAGCGAAAAAGACAUAUAGUAAAAAAAACAAAAAAAAACUCCACGGGAUUUUCUUCUUUUUUUCUCCGGGGGACGUAGCUGCUUUUUUUUCGCGGCACAGAAGAGAGAGAGAGAGAUAGAGGGAGAGAGGAGGGGGAAAAAAGCAUCAAAAUCAUCGGGAGAAUUAACAGGGGACAGCUCAGACAAAUACAAAAUGAGUGAGCUAGAGCAGCUUCGCCAAGAGGCCGAGCAGCUUAGGAACCAGAUAAGAGAUGCCAGGAAAGCAUGUGGAGAUUCCACCCUGACACAGAUCACCGCGGGUCUGGAUCCUGUUGGGCGGAUUCAGAUGCGGACAAGACGCACCCUCCGCGGCCACCUCGCCAAGAUCUACGCCAUGCACUGGGGCACAGACUCAAAGCUUCUGGUUAGCGCCUCUCAAGAUGGAAAACUGAUCAUCUGGGACAGCUACACCACGAACAAGAUACACGCCAUCCCGCUGCGCUCCUCCUGGGUGAUGACCUGUGCGUACGCCCCCUCUGGGAACUACGUGGCCUGCGGAGGCCUGGACAACAUCUGCUCCAUCUACUGCUUGAAGACUCGCGAGGGCAACGUCAGGGUCAGCAGGGAGCUGCCCGGCCACACAGGUUACCUGUCAUGUUGCCGUUUCAUUGACGACAAUCAAAUCAUCACGAGUUCAGGAGACACCACAUGUGCACUGUGGGACAUCGAGACGAGUCAGCAGACCACGGUGUUCUCGGGGCACAGCGGCGACGUCAUGAGUCUGUCCCUGUCGCCCGACCUCCGCACCUUCGUGUCAGGAGCCUGCGACGCCUCGGUCAAACUGUGGGACAUCAGGGACAGCAUGUGCCGGCAGACCUUCACGGGCCACGAGUCGGACAUCAACGCCAUCUGUUUCUUUCCCAAUGGCAGCGCCUUUGCCACAGGCUCAGACGACGCCACCUGCAGGCUGUUUGACCUGCGCGCCGACCAGGAGCUCAGCGUCUACUGCCACGACAACAUCAUUUGUGGCAUCACCUCCGUGGCCUUCUCGCGCUCCGGCCGUUUGCUGCUGGCCGGUUAUGAUGACUUCAACUGCAACAUCUGGGACGCCAUGAAGGGAGACAGAGCAGGGGUCCUGGCCGGCCAUGACAAUCGUGUGAGCUGUCUGGGUGUGACGGACGAUGGCAUGGCGGUGAGCACCGGGUCCUGGGACAGCUUCCUUAAGAUCUGGAACUGAGCCACGCACAUAAACCACACACACACACACACACACGCACACAUACACGCACGCACGUCCAACAAACAGACAGACAUCGCUCCCGUCUUGGGACACAGUUUGCACCCUGUAUUCACUGUAUGUAAGAUUCAACAGACAAACUGCAACAUUGUACUGUACAUAAUAUAUGACUUAGGUAUGAGUUUACACACACACACACACACACACACACACACACACGCUGUAUGCAGGACAAGAUGACACAAAACCUGACCACAUGCCCUCACUACCUACUGAUUUAAGUACAGUAACACACACACACAUACACACACACAAUCUGUAAAAUGUAAAAAUGUGACAAAAAACAGUUUGAUUCUUCAGCUGCUCAAAUAAAAAACACAAAUGCCACUAUUACCUGAAGCCUUUUAACACGUCUAACACGCUCAUUCACUUAACACACAGGCACAUAGACACACACACACACACACACACACACACACAUACACACACAUACUUUUUCCUGAGAGACACUGCUCCUCGAGUUAAACAGGGGAGAAGACGUUAUUUGACAAUUCUGUCUUUGUUUACAAUGAAGUCCAAAAUGCACUUCAGGCAAAUUUUUCUGUACUAUUUUUGUCUCAGUACCACACGUAUCUCGGCGAUGCUAAUGUGAAGGAAGAAUGGUUGUGGAAAGAGAAUUAUGUGAGUCCAUUUACACUGAAAAAAACAACAAAAACAACAAAACACUGACAGACAGGAUGAGCCGAUGAUCGCCAGAGUCCAAGGAAAUAGCAACUCUUAUUUUCAUCUGUUCGAAACAUCAUGUAAUCACUGUUUUUAUAGAUAUGUACCCCCCACAUACAGUAAAUCUCUUAAGUUUGGGUUUUCUUCUGCUUUUUUUUUACACUUAUUUUAUUCAUGUUCUCCCUGUGUGCCUCAGAUACACGUUAAUGAUUAUUAAUAAAGAAUAUUGAUAAAGAUAAAUUAACAAAACAUUAAAGAUCUGAGAUUCAAAGUUGAGUGAAAAUAAAAAUAAAAACAUAAGAUGCAUCUUAAUAAAGCAGGAGCCAGUAUUCAUACCUUGACUUUAUCAAUGUAUUAUCUGGACAUGACAAUGGUAUAAUUGUACAUAAUAUUAAUAAAUAGCCUCUCCUGCCA